CAUCCCCAGCGCCAGCGUCAGCUCUGCGGCCGCGCAGGUGGGGCCCCUUCGGCGGCAAGUUUCCGCGGGGCAGGGGAUACGCAGGCACAGACGCGAAGUUGAGCGGGGGCGGCCCCACCGUGCCCGGUUUGGGUGGUGGUGGCAGGGGGGGGGUGUUGUGGGUGUUUGUGUCCCCCGUCCCUCCCCAUCCCAGGCUUUGUUCCCGGGAGGAUGCGGCGCGCCUAACCCCGGCCGAGGCGGUGGGGCCGUAGCGGGGGCAGGGGCAGCCCCUCCGCCGGAAAACUCCGCGCCGCCCCCCUUCCUCCUCCUCCUUCCUUCUCCUUCCUCCUCCGAGCCCCGGUGCGGAGCGAUGCUGGCCCGGGCGGCGGGCAGUGAUGGAGCGGAGCGGUAGCGCGGAGCCGCGGUGCAGAGCAGCCCCCUGGGCAGCCGCCCGCUGCCCCUAAGCGGCGAGAAGGAGGAGGAGGAGGAAGGGCAGCCGGCCGGUGUGUGAGGCGGGCGGUGGCCCCGUCGGAUCGCGGCCAUGGAGGAGUGGAGGCAAUGCGGGCGCUGGCUGAUCGACUGCAAAGUUUUACCCCCCAACCACCGGGUGGUCUGGCCAUCGGCGGUGGUCUUCGACCUGGCGCAGGCGUUGCGGGACGGGGUGCUGCUUUGCCAGCUCUUGCACAACCUUUCCCCCGGCUCCAUCGACCUCAAGGACAUCAACUUCAGGCCACAGAUGUCCCAGUUUCUCUGCUUGAAGAACAUCCGAACCUUCCUGAAAGUUUGUCACGACAAAUUUGGGUUAAGGAACAGUGAUCUCUUUGAUCCCUUUGACCUCUUUGAUGUAAGGGAUUUUGGAAAGGUGAUUUCUGCAGUAUCCAGACUCUCCUUCCACAGCAUCGCUCAAACCAAAGGAAUUAGGCCCUUCCCCUCGGAGGAGACCACAGAAAAUGAUGAUGAUGUCUAUCGGAGCCUGGAGGAGCUGGCAGACGAACAUGAUCUGGGGGAGGACAUCUAUGACUGCGUCCCCUGUGAAGGAGGGGAUGAUAUCUAUGAAGAUAUCAUCAGAGUGGAAGUUCAGCAGCCCAUGAAAAUGGGAAUGACAGAAGAUGACAAAAGAAACUGCUGUUUGCUAGAAAUCCAAGAGACUGAGGCCAAAUACUACAAAACACUUGAAGAUAUAGAAAAGAACUACAUGAACCCACUGAGGCUGGUACUGACCCCCCAAGACAUGGAAGCUAUUUUUAUCAAUUUGGAGGACCUAAUUAAAGUGCACUUCAAUUUCCUGAGAGCCAUCGAUGUUUCUAUGAUGUCUGGAGGAAGCAGCCUGGCAAAAGUGUUUCUGGAAUUCAAGGAGAGGCUGCUGAUUUAUGGCAAAUACUGCAGCCACAUGGAAUAUGCCCAGAACACACUCAACCACCUCCUCGCCAACAGGGAAGAUGUCAGGCAGAAGGUGGAGGAAUGCACCCUAAAGGUUCAGGAUGGGAAAUUUAAAUUGCAAGAUCUGCUGGUGGUCCCAAUGCAAAGAGUUCUGAAAUAUCAUCUCCUCUUAAAAGAGCUGCUCAGCCAUUCAUCAGAUCGCCCAGAGAAGCAGCAGCUGAAGGAGGCUCUGGAGGCAAUGCAGGACUUGGCCAUGUACAUAAAUGAAGUGAAGAGGGAUAAAGAGACAUUAAAGAAAAUAAGUGAAUUUCAGAGCUCUAUAGAAAAUCUGCAAGUGAAGCUGGAGGAGUUUGGGAGGCCAAAGAUCGAUGGGGAGCUGAAGGUCCGCUCCAUAGUCAACCACACCAAGCAGGACAGGUAUUUAUUUUUGUUUGAUAAAGUGGUGAUCGUCUGCAAAAGGAAAGGAUACAAUUAUGAGCUGAAAGAAAUUAUUGAGUUGCUCUUCCACAAGAUGACUGAUGACCCAAUGAAUAAUAAGGACAUUAAGAAGUGGUCCUACGGUUUCUACCUAAUUCACCUCCAGGGGAAGCAGGGCUUCCAGUUCUUCUGCAAGACAGAGGAAAUGAAGAGGAAAUGGAUGGAGCAGUUUGAAAUGGCAAUGUCCAACAUAAAGCCAGAGAAAGCCAAUGCAAAUCAUCACAACUUUCAGAUGUACACAUUUGAAAAGACAACCAACUGCAAAGCCUGCAGGAUGUUCCUGAGAGGAACCUUCUACCAGGGCUAUCUUUGCCCCAAAUGUGGAGCUGGUGCUCAUAAGGAGUGCUUGGAGAUCAUUCCUCCCUGCAAGAUUGGUUCAUCAGCAGACCAGGAUUCACUGAGUGCUGGACCUGGUCCUAAAAUGGUGGCAGUUCAGAAUUACCACGGGAACCCAGCCCCCCCUGGGAAGCCUGUGCUGACAUUUCAAAUUGGGGACGUGAUCGAGCUGCUGAGGGGAGACCCCGACUCACCAUGGUGGGAGGGGAGGUUGCUGCAGACAAAGAAAUCAGGGUAUUUCCCCAGCUCAUCAGUGAAACCCUGCCCUGUGGAUGCCAGGCCUCCCAACAGCCGCCCGCCCUCCAGGGAGAUUGAUUACACAGCAUACCCAUGGUUUGCAGGGAACAUGGAGAGGCAGCAGACAGACAACCUGCUCAAGUCCCAUGCCAGUGGCACCUACCUGAUCCGGGAGAGGCCAGCUGAGGCUGAGAGGUUUGCCAUCAGUAUUAAGUUCAACGAGGAGGUGAAGCACAUCAAGGUGGUGGAGAAGGACAACUGGAUUCACAUCACAGAAGCCAAGAAGUUCGAAAGCUUGCUGGAGCUGGUUGAGUACUACCAGAGCCACUCGCUGAAGGAGAGCUUCAAGCAGCUGGACACAACUCUGAAAUAUCCCUACAAAUCCCGGGAACGCUCUACCUCCAGGACCUUCACCAGGUCUCCAGUGUUCACCCCACGGGUCAUAGGGACAGCAGUGGCACGGUACAACUUUGCAGCACGGGACAUGCGGGAGCUCUCGCUGCGAGAGGGCGACGUGGUGAAGAUCUACAGCAGGAUUGGGGGGGACCAGGGAUGGUGGAAAGGGGAAACCAAUGGAAGGGUUGGCUGGUUUCCUUCAACGUACGUGGAAGAAGAGGGGGUGCAGUGACCGUGGGGGUACCUGAUGGAAAGUCACCCAGCACCCUGAGCCAGCGGCUGCAGCCCGUGCACACUCAUCCCACUGCCCCCGGGGAGGAACAGCCCCCCAGGACUGCUCCUGCAGACUUUAGCAACCCCCUUCCUCUGUACAGUGUGUGUGUGUGUGUGCACCCCACGGGGCCCCCCCCGGCCUCCCUCCUGGGAUGUCCCCAGAAACUGGAUGGUCGGUCGGAUAACGCUGGGGUAGCGGAAGAGCCCCGGGAAAGCCCCGCAGGGACAGAGCUGAGAGACUCUGCCUGGUGCCCACCAGAGGAUGGGGUCCAAACCCCUUCCAGUAAAGGUGUUUUCAAAGCCACUGUGGUGAUGGUGGUGGGAAGAGGGCGAAGGUUUGCACUUGGGCUGGUGCCUGGGUAUGCCAAGGAGAGGGUUUGGAGGUUCCUAAGUGGAGGGAGCGACUCGGAUGAUGUGGGGAUCCCCCCUGCCCUGCCCUGCCCUGAUGCUUGGGUGGCUCCCUGGGUCAGGAUUUUGUCAGUCUGCCUGGCAGCACUGGGAUGCAGCCAGGGUGAGGAGACAGAAUGGGGACCUGGAAGAAGAAGAAGGCUGCUGCUCAUCUCCAAAGGAUAUCAGCUGUGAAACCAGGAGUGUGUUUGGACCAUCAGACAGAGGCUGGGAGUAGGAGCUCCAGGUCAGCCAGGAGGGGAAGGAGCCACUCUGGCAUCCCAAGCCUUUACAGCCACCUUUGGUCCCACCAGCCUCACCAUGGGUGCACAGGGAAUCCCACGGUGCGGACUGGUCCCACUGGUGAGCAGGAGGUCACGGUGCACGGGGAGGGCUGGAAUGUGCUUUGCCACACAAGGGUUUUGGAGGCCACCAAGGCACCAGGCACCUGUAGAGGUGUGGACAGGAGUGUGUGUCCAUGGCUCUGUCCUGCCCUCCCUCCCACCCUGAGCCAGGGUGGAUUUUGUUGCAGCCAUGACAUGUCCCACCCUGCUGAGCUUGGGGGACCAAACCCACCUGAACAAGGGCUACCUAGAACUCAGCUCCUGAGUUCUCUCACUGAAUUGUGAAGCUUUUCUUCCUCCCCUGCUGUGUGCACUUUCAGGGGCCAUCAGCAUUGCCCCCUCUCUGCCUCCCACAGGCUGUUGCUGCUGUCAAGUACAGCUCCAUCUGGGCAUUGCCACUGGGUCCUGGGAACCAUCCAUCCCAGUUUGUUCUUUCCAGAAUGGUGGUGGGUGGGAAUUGCAGCCAUUGUUCUCUGCUGAGCAUUGGCUUUGCUCUCCAGCUCCAGAAUUUUCCUUCCAAAGUGCAAAUAGGAACAAGUAGGUGAGUGGGUGUGUGCCAGGGAACAACUUUCCUCUCACUAUCUGAGCCUCAGGAGAUGCCUCCAGCUGAUGCUUCCAUGCCCUGAUGUUGUUCCUCUGGGAUUUGUGGAGCACCAAUGUUCCUGGGGUGGGCUCUUGGCAGAGAUCUGGCAGAUUUGGGUAGGUGAUGCCCUCAGUCCCUGCCAUGGGGGGACUACGGCUGCAUCUGAGGCUUUCCUGCAGCAGUGCCCUGCUCGGGGCAAUACCUGGAGGAGUUUGAGGCUCUCAAGGGAAAGAUAAUAACUUGGAAAUUAAAUGGUGUUGCUCAAUGACAAGUCCUGGCCAGGGCAGAUGUCCACUGGUGGUCUUGCUCUGCCAGGUGACAGGGAGACCAAGAGGGCUGGGGGCUGGCCCAAGGUCCUGCUUGUUGGACCUCCCCUUGCUGCUCAGUUUGGGGGAUGCUCAGCAGGGCCCUGCUCCCCCUGGGCACAGCCAAGGACCCUGCUUGGGUUCCUGGAGCUGGGGAGGUGUUCAGGGGGUGGAUGAGACACAGGAACACCCAACCCCCCGAGACAAACCCACAGUGGCACAUCUGCACCUCACCUCCUAAAGCCUUACGUGUCCCUCCUGUCUCACGUGGAUGAUUUUGAGGGCAUCCCCUCUGGAAGAGCACAUCCUCUGUCCCCAGGACCCUGUCACCAUCCCCCUCACACCCCCAAGGGAUCCCCAACCUCCCCAGCCCUGCCAAAUCCCCCUUCCCUCUGGAGAGUUCUCCCUCUCGUGUUUACUGUUGUAAGAAAGUUGUUAAAAAAAAAAAAAAAAAAGAA